AAAAAAAAACCAGUUAAGCCGAUCUCCGCUCCCCGAGGAACCGUAAGCAACCGUAAGCAGGUUCACGAUCCGUUAUCUACUUCGCAGCCAGGACGAGCAUAAUGCAGAGCAGGAGAAGCACGAUAUCACAGCGAUCCCAAAUUCCUCAAAUUGAUGAAGACCUCCAUCAAAUCCUAUAAACUCUGAGCCCUAAAUUCCACAAUCUGUUGUCCAUUCACGGAUUUUGAUGACGUUCGAUUGCUCGAUGCCAUCUGUAUGGAAGAAUCCUAUCCCCGUUCUCCCCGAUUCUUGUGCUUAGCCGCUGGUGCUGCCGCUACUUUCUUCCUGUUAUCUUCUUUGUGGGUUCUCCAGUUCCGCUUCGGCGGAUUCAGGAAGAAGAAGAUGGCGUGCGAUUGCUCUUGCUCCUGCGGCGGCGUUGGGGGUGGCACUGCCGGGAACGGUAGAGGGGAGAGUAGUUCGGCGCGGCCAAACGGGGAUGUUGUGGGAAAGGAUAAGGCGGCGGCGGAGAGGCAGAGCGGCGUGUCUAUAAUGGAGCAGCUUGUUCCGGAGAUUACUACGCAUACGCUCAGUUAUUUGGACCAUACUAGUCUUUGCAAUCUCUCUAUGACGAAUUCGGCCAUGCGGAGGGCUGCUAACGAUGACAAUGCCUGGAAGGCAUUGUAUCACAAGGAUUUUACUGCGGAACAAGACGAUUUAACUCCAAUGCAGGGAUGGAAGUCUUACUAUGCAGCUACAAAAGCCAUUGUCAAUGUAAAUGCAGAAUUCUGCAACAUCAUUAAAGAAAGAUCACUACCAGCUAUGGGUCGUUUCUGGCUUCAUGCAGACUAUGUGAAAUGUAUUCACAGUUCAGGGGAACUUUAUAUGGGGUUCAAUGCAGUAAUGAACAGCUGGGCUGCAGCCUUCAACUGGGCCCCUGGAGUCGCCUUCCAAAUCCGAGACGUCCGAGCUCGCGUAUCCGGCGACAUGGCCUGGGUCACCAUGAAAGCUUAUAUCGACUUGGAUUCUGAUCAAUUCUUCAUGACAAAUGUCUAUGAGUUCCACAAAGGCCAUUGGUACAUGGUUCAUCAUCACAGCACUAUAAUGGUCAUGGAUGGAGACCCUGGCCCAGGCCAACCCAAUGGUUUUGCCUGAAGGAUACACUCAAUAACAAAGCUUCUGCUUCCCUCCCUAGGUCCUUUUCUUUCUAUUACUACUUUGGGAUUUAUUUCCUUACUUACCUUGUAGAUCGCUACUGUUUAUACUAUAUUUUUUUUCCUUAAGUUUUCACCUUGUAGAGGCACCCAAUGUUUUGUCAUUAAGGCUUUGUUUGGGACGACUUUUUUAUUGCUUCCUAAAGCAGCUUCUUAGUAUAAAAAUUUAAAUUUUUGUACUAGGAUGUUGCUUUAGGAAGCAGAAAGAAAGCCGCCCCAAACAAGGCCUAAGUAGAAGAUGCAUCAGCCUUUUUUUUCUUCAACUGGAGAAGUGUAUUUCUUCUGUAGGAAGGGGAUAUAGGCUUGCUGGAGAGGAGGCUAGUUGUGCAGAACUCUUGUCACUAUGCCUAAGAGGUUUUGGUAAGUCUUGGUAAGGUUUUUAUGCCUGAUUUAUUGUGAAUUAUAUGUGAUUCAGUGAAAAAAAAAA